AUGGAGGUGCUUUCCUUGAUUAUAGGAGCUGUCUACAUUUGUACAGAAGAUGUAUUCCCAAGUAAACGUUUGCAACAACUCAUAGAUCAACAACAUAAGCUGCGUGCAGAUGUUCCAGCUGAAGUCAUACAGAAGAUCAAAUUUGGAAAUAGUAUUUUUGUUGAACAUGCAGCAGAAUUAGAUACCUUUCACAACUGCAUUACUAACAGGAUUUCCCUGCUGCUUGCAAGAGGCAUGGUGCGGUUGGUGGUCAUCGAUUCUAUUGCUGCCUUGUUUCGAUGUGAAUUCGGAGCUUCAGACUCUGUUACAAAGGCUCGGUACUUGCAGACAUUUGGUGCACAGCUUCACAGUUUAAGCACUAGAUUCAGGACUCCAAUAGUGUGCAUUAAUCAGGUGACUGAUAGAGUGAGCGAGUCGGAAGCUGCUCAGUGUGGUGGUAGUGCAGCGGGUAACAGAGUCUCUCCAGCACUUGGAAUAACCUGGGCAAAUCAGCUGCUAAUGAGACUGAUGGUCAGCCGAACACCACAGCCCGAGCAACCCUCUGGAGUUAUGUCACACCACAUUGGAAGUGUGAGGACUUUACAAGUAGUUUUCGCUCCUCAUCUCCCUCCCUCCUCUUGCUACUACACAGUAAAAUUAGAAGGUGUAAAAGGAAUAAAAUAA